AGCGCAGCACACCCGGCCACCUCUCGCCAUGGCCUGCCGCAGCGCCGCCCCCGAGCACGCCUCGCCUGGGCCGGCGGCGCCCCUGCGCCCCGCUGCGCCCAAGCUCGGCGGCGCGGCCAGCAGCAGGCGCAGCACGGAGCAGCUCGCGGCGCAGGCCCUGCUCGCGGCGAGCGGGGGCAGGGAGCUGCUGCGCUGUGCGCUGGGCGGCGCGGAGGAGGCCCCACAGGACCGCGGAGCCGCAGGCGUCGGCAGCCCGGCCAACCUCACGUCGCCACUGCCGGGACCCCGACGUGGCAGAUCCCCUGCGAGCAGCACGGCGGCCCGGGCCACUGCCAGAAGCCGGCGCAGAUCGGCCUCAGCCGCUUCGACUGGGCCGCGGGCGGCCGCUGGGUCGUCAGCACUCCGAGCGCAGGUCACGAGAACCAGCGCACCACCGGCAGCCUCCAGACCGUCGGUGCCGCCGCCUGCAUUGCGAGGUCGUGCGGGACCGCCCCUGGCCCCGCCGCGCUGCCGCCCGCGGUGCCCUCGGGCCUGGGGCUGCCCGACCUCCCCGGCGACGUUCUCCAAACGGUUGUGGAUUGGCUCCCCACGUUCCACGAGAGGGUCCGCUGCUGCCGCGCCGCGAAGGCGAUGCGGCGGCUCGACUGGCGGUGGAGCCCGCCGCUGCAGCUUGAGGAGGAGCUGGGCCGCAUGACGCUGGGCGAUCGGGGUGCCGCGGCGGUGGCCAUCACGCUGAGCUGCCCGCUCAGCAGGAGCCUCGGCGAGCUCAGCCUGGAAGAGAACGGAAUCGGCGACGCCGGCGCAUGCGCCAUCGCCCGCGCCCUGGGGGCCGGCGCUGGGAUCCGGCGCCUCUCCCUGCGCGACAACGCCAUCGGCGACGUCGGUGCGGAAGCCUUGGCGGAGGCGCUGAGUCGCAGCACGACGAUCGAGGAGGUCGACCUCUGGGGCAACCAGAUCAGCGACGCUGGGAAGGCGGCAAUCCAGCGCAUGGCGAGGUGUGACGCCUUCCUGGAGGUGGACCCGGUGCGCCCCGUUGGCGCGGGCUCCCCCUCGGCCGACGUGGGCAAGAUCCGAUCCGUCCUGUUCGAGUGGAUCGCGCAGGUGCACAGCGGCGUGCAGAUGCCGCCGGCGUGCAGGGAUGGCCCGGCCGAUCCGCAGGACAUGCUGUUUCGCACCUACCGCCACGUGGACGCCUACGUCGCGCACCGCCCGGUGCAGCGCACCGAGCUGCAGCUGGCGGCCGUGGCGUCCACGCUCCUGGCCAGCGGGUACCGCGCCGAGCACUGCCUGGAGGACGACCUCCAGGUCUCGUCGUGGGUCAGCAUGGUGACCGACGGCACGUGCACCAUCCAGGAGGUGCAGUCCAUGCUCGGCCAGGUGCUGGGCGCGCUGGGAUUCGGUCUCCUCCAGCCCACGCCCUACACGUUCCUGCGCCGACUCCUGCGCAGGACGGGGUGGACCGAGCAGAGCUUCAGCCUCGCGAACUACCUCAUCGAGCUCGCGGCGCUGGACUCCGCCUUCCUCGCCUUCAGGCCGCAGGCCGUCGCCGCCGCGGCCUGCGUGCUCAGCAGGCAGUAUGCCGCGCAGGGCGUCAGCGUCCGGCGCGCGCCCCGCUGGAAGGCGAAGCUGCUGCAGAGCGCCCACGUCGAGCUCGAGGCCGAGCUGGCAGGAUGCAUCGCGAGCCUGGCAAGCCUUCACAGGUCCAAGCAGCCAGAGGUGAACAACUUCGUGAACCGAAAGUACUCAGUGGACGCGCUGCACUCGGUUGCAAGUAUUACGCCGAACAUGCCUGUGGACGCAUCGUAUUACGUGGGGUACAUGACUUGCUGA